GUCACUACGUCGAAGAGGAGCUGUACAAAUUGGGAAAAAAGCUCGAAUACGAGCAUGCCGCUCAUUCUUUUAUAUUGGAUCUCGAAGACGAAACCAUACUUAAUCACUUUAGUUAUGAAGAAAUAUUGGAAAUUGAACACGUGCCAGGUCCCCUUAUUCCUGAAUUGGACGAAAAAAUAAUCGAAUGCCUAAGCAAAUUUGUCGGAAAAACCAAUUUAAAAGAAAUAAGAAGCAUCAUUAAGGAAAUAAGUUUCGAUAAUCAAUACAACUUUAAGACAGAUCACGACAUUGAUUACAUUGUAUUUGCAUUACAUGCAAUGGUUCGUGAAAUGGAAAGUGAUAAGUUACAUAAUAAUAACCUAGAAGCAUGGUACAAUGCACAUAUAUGGAGUUUCAUAUUUGAUCAGGCAUUCAGUAAUAUAAAUAUCAUUUCAGUCGUUAGAGGUGAAAGUUCAGGAAUUGCGAGUUCGAUCAGGAAAAACAAAAAUCGAAAUAUAGGUCAAAACCGUAAGAUGGGUAGUAGAGGAGAUUGGUUUCUGCGUUCGAAUGGCGAUAAUGAUGAAUAUGGGGCUGGAGAAGCCGGCAAAAGCUGGCAAGACAAAUACGGAACUAAGUUUGUAAGAGAGUCAGGUGUCAAACUUCCCAAAAGUUUGAAAGACAUAAUAGUCAAAUUAUUAGAAAAGGUGGAAUGGAAUUCAGAGAAACGGAAUCAAAUCCAAACAGUAGGAAUUGUACAUGAGGGUAUGUCUUUCAUUCAUAUGUCUAAUUAA